AUGUCGCUGCUGCGUCAGGCGGCGAGCCAGCUUAGAGGGCGGACGGCUGCCGCUGCGCAGCACCAGCAGCAGAGGCUUGCGGGCAACCUGCCGGUCAAGCCCAACAAGUUUGUGGAGGAGUGGGGCACGCGCCGGGAGCAUGUGGAGAAUGAGUUCAGGUGGGACGCCAAGACGCUGAUGACCAUCGCGCUGUGGGUGGGCGUGGCGCCCUAUGCCGUGUACAAGGGGUCCAUAGGCGAGUUCAACCACGUUGACCGCGCCUACAACCGCUCGGAGCGCGCCAUGCUGGGCAACACCAAGUGA